AUGGCUUUUGCACCCCACGCGACUGCGGCCGCUAUUCGAGCUUCACGCAGUGCAACUGGUGUUGGUUCGCCUAUUGCAAAAUGGCGGUUAGCGGAUGGGUUUCUCGGCUGGACCGGCGGCGAAUACGGCAACGCUCUCCAGGCCGCCUUGGAGGGAGGCCAUCAUGAGAUUGUUAAACUUCUCUGGGACAAGGGAGCGGGCGUCAACGCGAAGGACAUAUACAGCAACGCCCUCUAG